GAGGAGAAGAGACGAGUAGAGAGGGAGGAAGAGGAGAAGAGAAAGCUUGAGGAAGAGGAGAAGAAGGGACGAGUAGAGAGGGAGGAAGAGGAGAAGAGAAAGCUUGAGGAAGAGGAGAAGAAGGGACGAGUAGAGAGGGAGGAAGAGGAGAAGAGAAAGCUUGAGGAAGAGGAGAAGAAGGGACGAGUAGAGAGGGAGGAAGAGGAGAAGAGAAAGCGUGAGGAACAGGAGAGGAAGAGACUAGAGGACUCAGAGAGACAGAUGGAGGAGGAGAGGAGCAGACUGAUGGAGGAGACGCAGGGGAGACUGCAGCUGCUCAGAGACGCUCUGAUGGAGGAUGAGGAGCGCCGGAUGAAGGAGGAGAGCGCUGAGUUGCUCCGGGUCCUGAAGGAGCAGAUGCUCAAACAGAGACGAGACGAGGAGGAGCGACUGAACAACGACAUGCACACACAACUACAACAGCUCAGGCUUGAGAAUGAGGUGAAGCUGCAGGAGCUGUGCUCAGAGCUGGAGGCGGAGCGGGAGUGGGCGGAGACUCGGAGGAGGCGGGACCUCGAGCGACUGAGGGAGGUGUCAGAGGAGGAGCUCCGGGCUGAGAGGGGGCGGCUACAAGAGAAGAAGGAGGAGCAGCUGACCUCCAUCAGACUACAGGCUAAACUGAGGGACACACAGAAGGAUUUGAGGAGCACACGACCAGAGCAGCCUUUAGCAGAGUACCAGAGAGAGCUCACAGAUGUGCUGCAGGAAGUCCGGGAGGAGGUUGAGAGAGAUCACAGGAGGAAACUAGAACAACUGAAGGAGGAACAUCAACAGGAGCUACAGAACCUGAGAGAGACACACCUGGAGCAGGAGAGCAGGGAGCGGGAGCGUCUGCUGGAUUCUCUUCAGAAAGAGAGAGACACUGUGAUCUCUAAACACACAACACAACUACACAAACUACAGCACACACUGGACACACAGCUGCAGGAGAUGCGCAGGACACACUCUCAGAAGAUCUGA